ACCAAACAGUCAACAUGCGUUCCUUCCUCGUCCUUUGCUUCGUUGCCUUGGCCACCGCCGACAAACUGGGCUACAACUACCAGCCAGUGGCCCACUCCUCUUCGGGAUUGAGCUUCCAGCCAUCUGGUUCGGCCAGCAACAUUGCUCCUGCCUUCUCGGCUGCUCCCAGCGGAUCCUUUGCCGCCGGUCCAGGAUCUUUUUCGACUGGUCCCCAGACCUUCGGCCCAGCUCCCGUUGCUGAGCCCUUCGAGGCUUCCCAGUCCGCCGCUGCCCCCAACUACGCUGCUCCCCAGGCCGAGCUCCAGAAGGAGUUCUUCACCUACACCGCCGACGAGGGUGACUUCUACGACCCAGCUGCCUCCGAGCAGGUCCAGAACUCCGUGAACAAGGGACUCCGCGUCGUCUUCAUCAAGGGACCCGAGAACAAGGGACUCGAGAACGCCGCCCUGGCUCUGGCCAAGCAGGCUGCCCAGCAGGAGACCGCCAUCUAUGUCCUGAACAAGCAGGCUGACAUCGGAGACCUGGCCAACAAGCUGAACUCCAUCCGCAACAACAACAACAACAAGCCCGAGGUUCACUUCGUGAAGUACAGGACUCCCGAGGAUGCUGCCAACGCCCAGCGUGCCAUCCAGGGUCAGUACGAUCAGUUGGGAGGAUCCUCUCAGGCUCAAGAUGGUGGUGUGGCCUCCACCCUGAACUUCGCUUCCCAGCCCGCUCCCCGUGAAAGUGCCGCUGCCAGCGCUCCUGGUGCAAGCUACCUGCCCGCCAGCAUCUUCCGUCGCUUCCGCGUCUAAACCCUAUUUACCAGUUGUUUGAUUUGUUGUCUAGUUAUCUAAUUGAUUUGUUGAAUAAAGAAAACAAAACGAAAUAGUUAUCAAAAUAAAUUUCAUUUUUCUUUGAACUUGCUCUUAGCUACUCCUUCUUAAGUCCCA